CAUAUGUUUCCUACAAAAAGGCUCUGUUGUCUGCAUUAUUGUGAACGCUGGACAUGAUUUGCACUCCGCUUCUCAUUCACUGCCAAAGAGCGAUCGGCGCUGCCUCAGGAUGUUCCAAAUAAGGGCAGGGAAAUGGAAAACCACCGGAAUCGGUCCUUAUGUAGUCAUGCAAGUCCUUAUAAGGAACGGCUUUCCGGCAGCGGCGCAGCCUGCUACACAGAUGGGAAAUCCAAAUCUAAUCUACGAGGCGAUCGGGAGUGCGCAAGAAUGAUGGCGCUGUCCGGCGGAGCCACCAGGAUGCAUCGAUCCGGGACUUGUCGCUGUAUUUUUUAUUAUUUUAUUUUGCGCGCCGUACCGUGAGCGCUUCAUAUAAAUCCUCUCUUCUCUGUUUCCCCCCGGGCCGUCAUGUGUCCUCCGCUGCACUGCCUAAAUAUGGGCUUCCUCUACCUCCAAAUAUGGAUAUCUACGUCACGCAAGAGUAUAUAAAAGGAGCAGGGAAACCUCGCAGCGAAGAGAGAGCUCUGAGAGCCCACAAGAGCAACUGUUAGAGCAGAGAGAGGCAGGCAAACACACAACUGAAGAAAUAUCACAAGUCAAAACUCAUAACAUCCUCUAUCCGAGACGGUCAGAACCUGAUUGGAUGAGUCAAUUAUUGACAAAUCAAGAUUAAUCAAUUGAUUAGUUUUGAUUGGAAUGAGUUUUAAGGAGAAAUCUGCAUUUUUCUAAGAAGACAAGUGGAUUCUUUUUAUUUUUCUCACCUGAGAGGAAAAGGAAAACAACAGGGCCACUGGAGAACUGGUCUUCCACGGCGUGGGGGAAGAAGUGUUUGGCGCCUUCUGAGCUGAGAGAAGUGAUCUCCUCCACCUGUGAGGCACUGCUCUGCCAGCGCACUGCCAGCCACCAGCGCAGCUUCAGCACCAGCAGAGGAUGGCUGCAGCCAAGACCGAGAUGAUCCUGCCAGCCCUGCAGAUCUCAGAGCCCCUGAGCUUCCCUCACUCCCCCUUGGAUAACUAUCCCAAGCUGGAAGAGGUGAUGAUGCUCAGCUCUGGGGGGACCCCCUUCCUCACCGCCUCCGCACCCGAGGGUGCAGGCUUUGGCUCCGGUGAACCCGGGGAGCCGUACGACCACCUUACAGGAGAUACAUUACCUGAUAUCCCCUUCAACUGUGAAAAGCCAGUUGUGGAGCAGACUUAUCCCACCCAAAGGCUGCCCCCCAUUUCUUACACUGGCCGCUUCACGUUCGAACCUGCCACCAGCUGCAGCAACAGCCUCUGGGCAGAGCCCAUCCUGGGUCUGUUCAGUGGUCUGAUGGGCAACGUCGCCUCCAGCUCCAGCUCCGUCUCGACCGCUUCGCAGACCACCUCGUCUUCCUCUUCGUCCACUCCGUCCUCCUCCACUUCCUCCUCUUCUACCUCCUCUUCAACUCAGGGCUCCAGCCUCAGCUCCUCAAUCCACCACAGCGAGCCCAACCCCAUCUACUCGGCCGCUCCGACAUAUUCAAGUCCCAACUCUGACAUCUUCCCGGACCAGAGCCAGAGUUUUCCCGCCUCGGCAGGAGGAGUGCAGUACCCGCCCCCAGCAUACCCCAACGGCAAGACCUGCGGCAGCUUCCCCGUACCCAUGAUCCCCGAUUACCUCUUCCCCCAGCAGCAGGGAGAGAUCAGCCUGGUGCCCCCAGACCAAAAGCCCUUCCAGAACCAGUCCAGUCAACCCUCCCUCACUCCUCUGUCCACCAUCAAGGCAUUUGCCACCCAGACUGGUUCCCAGGACUUAAAAGGUGUCUAUCAGUCGCAGCUAAUUAAACCCAGCCGCAUGCGAAAGUACCCCACCCGGCCGAGCAAGACCCCCCCACAUGAAAGGCCCUACGCAUGCCCCGUGGAGACCUGCGACAGGCGCUUUUCCCGCUCUGAUGAGCUGACACGUCACAUCCGCAUCCACACAGGUCAGAAACCCUUCCAGUGUCGCAUCUGCAUGCGGAACUUCAGCCGCAGCGACCACCUGACAACACACAUCCGCACGCACACCGGAGAGAAGCCAUUCGCCUGCGAGAUCUGCGGCCGCAAGUUUGCCCGCAGCGACGAGAGGAAAAGGCACACAAAGAUCCACCUACGGCAGAAGGACAAGAAGGCAGAGAAAGCGGCGGCCGUGGUCGUGACAACAGCACCAGCAUCAGCCGCCUCACCUGCCUCCAGCUACCCCUCUCCAAUCACCUCCUACCCAUCCCCGGUGUCUUCCUACCCUUCUCCAGUCACCUCCUGCUACUCCUCCCCUGUUCACACUUCCUACCCGUCUCCUUCCGUCGCCACCACCUACCCCUCAGCAUCCAUGUCAAACACCUUUCAGUCCCAAGUCGGCUCUUCCUUUCCGUCCUCGGUUGCAUCCACCAUCUACAGCUCACCGGUCCCCACCCCACUUUCAGACAUGCAGACCACCCUUUCCCCGAGGACAAUCGAGAUCUGCUAAGUGACAGCAGAGAGCAGAACUUUUCAGAGUCCCUGCACACUUCUCCCUUCAUCCCAAUGUUUUUUUUUUUUCAGAGGGGAUAGAAAUCAGCAUGGAAAAGGACUUUGUUCCCUCCUCCAAAAAGCACUUUUCUGCUCACUUUGCAGUGUCAGAGACAAGAGAGAGACUCAAGUCAAGGACAGGGCAAAGACGGCACAAAAUGAAAAGGGAUAUUCCUGUUGAAAACAGAUGCAGCACUUCAAAAAACGUUAUGGACUCCAGAAACAGAGAGCAGAAAACGGCACUGGCAGGUCUGUGCUGUGAGGUACACAAAAGAGACUGAGUCCCUGCUGGUGGUGCUGAAGCACCCCCACCCUCGCAGGCACCCAUACAAAAGACAAUGAAUGAUACACAUAAGCUAUCAUAUAUGUAUAAUUGUACAUGUGCCAUGUUUUGUUUUUAUUUUUCUUUGGUACCACUGAUGUGACAGUUAUUUGCAUAUUUGAAAUGUAUUAUUUGAAGUGAACAGGGCCAUAUUUUCUACAUACUUUCUCUAUUACGUAGUGAUGAUGCUGUGAUUUGACAUUGUUUUUAAGAAAAAAAAGAAGCACUUAAGUAUUCAAGCAUGAGUAAGAGUGAUGUUAGUUUCUGUUUGUAAAUAUCAUCCACAGGUACCAUCUCUUUCUCACACGUGACAUAUCGCUUAUGGAGAAAACAGACAAAAAAAAUGACAAAAAAAGAGGACAAAAAAAACUGAGACAAACGCUUGCGUUAUUUGGUGCCUUUUGUGAAGCCUUGCUGAUGUUGCGGCUCGGCUGAGCGCGACAGAGGAUGCGCUGCAUCUCGCCUUAAGGGUUGAGGGAAUAUUUUUGUUACAGAAUGUAAGACGUACAGCGGGAGGAGAAGGGACGGGCUGUGUGGGCACCGCUUCAUUUUCACAGAAUGUAAGCAAAAAAGGAGAAAAAUCUAUAAAGUCUAUUUUUGUAAAAAACAAAAAAAAGUGUAAAUAUCCACAUCCUCAAAAGCUGGAAUGUUGAAGUUACCUACUGAGUAGGCAUGGGAUUCUUUUGUAUGUUAUAUACAUGCAGUCCAUUAUUUUGUGGUUAUCUUUAUUUUGUAUUUGUGUUUGUUAAGACAAGUAACUGUUUCUGGCUUCUAAACACAUUGAAUGCGCUUAACUGCCAAUGGGAUAUUUGGUGUACAAGAUAUCCUCCCAGAAAUAAAAAUAUAAAUAUAAAAAAAUCAAUACAUAA